GGCGAGUUAUUGGGCGGGAUUUAUCUGUCAGGAGACAGGAAGAGCGAAACGGGGGUUGUGUAGAUAGCGAAUAUAGCUAGACUUGUAGCACAGCACGACGAUCUGCAGCGUUGUUGUACUUUUAUAAUCAUGACAUCUACUCUUGAUGAUAGCGAAAAAGAAAAGGCACGCUCUGUGUCUGUGGACCUUAACAACGACGCUUCUCUCCUCAUCGACAUUCCUGAUGCACUCUGUGAACGUGACAAAGUCAAGUUCACUGUCCACACCAAGACCACCCUGAGCUCCUUCCAGAAGCCAGACUUCUCUGUUCCUAGGCAACAUGAGGACUUUAUCUGGCUCCAUGACGCGCUGGUUGAGACUGAGGACUACGCUGGGCUCAUUAUCCCUCCAGCCCCCCCGAAGCCAGACUUCGAGAGCCCAAGGGAGAAGAUGCAUAAACUGGGAGAGGGAGAAGCCACCAUGACCAAGGAGGAAUACACCAAGAUGAAGCAGGAGUUAGAGGCUGAGUACCUGGCUGUAUUUAAGAAGACUGUACAAGUCCACGAGGUAUUCCUGCAGCGACUAUCUUCUCACCCGAUCCUGAGCAAGGACAGAAACUUCCAGAUAUUCCUGGAGUAUGACCAGGAUCUGAGCGUACGAAGGAAGAAUGCCAAGGAGACGUUUGGGAGUUUCUUUAAGAACAUGGUCAAGAGUGCUGACGAGGUCAUCAUCUCUGGGAUAAAGGAAGUAGAUGAUUUCUUUGAGCAGGAGAAGACCUUCCUGCUUGAUUAUUCGUCCAAGAUCAAAGACUCCACUGCCAGGGCAGAGAAGAUGACCCGCUCUCACAAAAAUGUUGCUGAUGAUUACAUCCACAUCUCUGCCACUUUGAACAGUCUCUCUGUCGAUGACAACACCGCACUUAAAAAGCACCUUGAGAAGUUUGCAGACCUGUUUGAGAAACUAAGGAAAGUGGAGGGCAGAGUGGCGUCAGACGAGGAGCUGAAGCUCACGGAGCUGCUCCGUUACUACAUGCUGGACAUCCAGGCAGCCAAGGACCUGUUGUACAGACGGGCCCGGGCCCUGGCUGACUAUGAGAACAGUAACAAGGCCCUGGACAAGGCCCGGCUGAAGAGUAAAGACAUCACCCAGGCUGAGGAGCACCAACAACAGUGUCUGCAGAAGUUUGACAAGCUCUCUGAGUCUGGAAAAAGAGAGCUGACCAGUUUUAAGGGCAGGAGAGUGGUGGCUUUCCGUAAGAACCUAAUAGAGAUGGCUGAACUGGAGAUCAAACACGCCAAGAACAACAUGGCUCUGCUGCAGGGCUGCAUUGAGCUUCUCAAGAGCAACUGAACCUCCUGUCUCCUACCAAUCCUCCCAGACCACCACCCACUGACCGGCUAGCCUGGGUGCCAGUCUGUUUUUUGCUGUCUUGCCAACUCCGUAUGGAACUGUCAUGCAGAACCGUGCCAAUGGCGUAGGCAAAAGCACAAACGGAUCUGGAACCAGGCUACUGACCCAGCCUUUGAGAAGGGAACCUGGAUACCCCUUCCCACCACACUCUACCCCCAGGGGACCUUGGGUCGUGUUCAUUAGGGUACAUGGUAGAAAAACAUACAUUUGCGAAAGAAAAGGAGCCUUUCUUAUUGCACAGGAUUAGAUAGUCCCUCACCGUUUCACUCGAUUUCGGUGCAUUCUGUGCCUAUUAAACACGAUCCUGGGUACCUCCACCCCCAAAUGAUUCCAUUUCAGGAACCUGCAGCCUUCUGUUUUUUAGUCUGUCUCAAGGUUUACAUAGUCCCUGCCCACCUGUCAACCCACCUCUUUCUACUCCGCCUCAUGUCCCAUGGAACACUCACCUUUUGUGAUGCCAGCAAUGCGGAACAGGGAGAAGGUAGCCGCUUGCAUUGUCUUCUGAUAUUCCUCUUCAUCUGGGCGCCUUUGUAAAUUCACUCUGACUAUCUACUCCGAUUUCAGAGCGCUCUCGUCUGUGUGCCAGAAUGCAGAAUAACUGAUGAACGAACGCUCAACACCUGUUGAAUAUGGCCGGUGUCCCUAAACAUUGGUAAAAAAUCGUAAUUCAAUUGCUGCACAGUUAGUCACCAACGCUCUAUAACGUGAAAACAGCCUAACCACCUCUGACCACUUUACUUGCCCUAGCAGAGUGAGGUUUUCUAUCAUUUAUGUCUGGAAGUAACUAGCAAGCUAAUUUACUUUAGCCAGUUAGCAAUCUGACAACGCUCUGAAUUUACGAACGCACCAAGCGCACUCUCGAGGGCCCUUUGGCACUCCAGAGUGAAUUUACGAACGCACCAAGCACACUCUCGAGGGCCCUUUGGCACUCCAGAGUGAAUUUACGAACGCUCCGAGCGCACUCUUGAGGGCCCUUUGGCACUCCUUUCUACCAAAGUGUGCACUUGCACACUCGUCCUGGAUUUAAAUACAUUGGGUUGAUAUAAGCAUUGGCUGAUGCAAGUUUCCACCACUGUUAAAUCCAUGACAGGAAGUGGGAGAAUUGGGACUUAGAUAUAGAUAUAGAUAGAGAGAUAUAUAUAUAUAUCUUGCUCUCUCUCGCUCUCUGGUUAGGAACGCUGAGUAGACACGUGUGUGUGUGUGGUAGUGUAUCUAUACUGUGUGGAACCACACAAAUGCUUUGGCUGUUCCUCAGGAAUGGCUACAUGGCUCUUCUCACAUUCGUCUACAUUACUCCCAGAAUUUAGUUCCAGUUACUAAAGAUUCACAUUGCUUUUGACAAGUUUACUUACACAUAUGGACCAAUGGAUUGUUUUCACCACAGCCCUUGUGAGUGUCAGGACUGGUAGUUGUCCCUUUAUCAAAUUUGACUGCCAAGCUUGUGAUUUAUUUUUACCCCCCCACCCUCUCUUCAAUCUGCUAUGUCUAGUGAGUGCCAGGGAUCACUGGUUUCUGUACUCAUUGAGUGAAUGUUCAGUGGACUAGUUUGAGUCAGUGAAGUCCACCCGUAGUAGCUAACUACUGUAUACUUAUGAAUCACGUGACACACUUCCUGCUGUGUGGGUGAGGCCAGCAGCAGGUCCUAGUCCACUCACCCUUCAGCCAGUUGCUCUAGAGAAUUUCCAUGGUAACAGCAUUAUACUCAGAUGUUUCACUUUAAAAUGUAUGUCAAUGUUUAACUUAACUUUUGUUUGAUAUUUCCACUGAAAAGUUUACAGAAGCAUAUUUUACAGGAAGAACUGCAGAUAUGUUUGGUAACAGAAUAAAAUAUGUUACUAUAAUUCUGUUACUGAACUUUGCAUCUGCCCAGUUAAUCCAGUAAUUUAUUUAUUUCUCUAAAAUUAAGGUAGUUGUAUGGUUUGUUAAACUUAAUGAAUGGAUUUUGCUUGACAUACAUUUGAAAGUUACUGUAGGAUUGCGCUCUGUCAAGUCAGCCCAAUAAUUACAUUGCACAUGUAGCCUGGUCAGCUGGGAAGCUUCAUGCAUUAUAUAGUUAACAUUAAGCAAGCAUCAAGCACUAGACUUAUAUUGGCUAUUGGAGAGUAACUCUGGUCCUAGCACUUAUUCAGAGGAGUUUGACUGACUCAUGUCCUUCAGCAUCUGCUUGAAGCUGUUUGUUUAAAUUCUAGAAUGUUCUGCCCUAAGUGUGCACUUGUUCACUGCCCUUCAUGAAUUUGAAAGAGUCUGACAUGCUUAUACCAAUCCAAUGUUUUUAAUUGUGUGAUGAGGACGAGUGUACACUACCAGGAUAAUUGUGAUGCAGAGAGUAGACUACAUGACUGUGCACUUCAUUGAUUUCCUGUUGUUUACCAGUUGCCUACUCCACCUGCUUACAGAGCAACACUAACCUAACCAAUCCACCAAUCUCCUUGCUUCUUACUGCUGAUGCAGUAUUUGUUUUUAAGCAAUUAAGUUUGGCGUCGCCUAUAUUUCUCCUAUUGCUUUUUGUUACUGACAGAACCUUUGCUAGUGCUAAACUAGCCUGGGUACCAGUCUGUUUCUGCCCUCUUGCAUACGAUUGGAUAUGGAUUUGUCAUGCUGGUCUGGCUUUACUAUGACAGCAAUGGUGUUGGCAAGAGCACUAACAGAUCAGGGACCAGGCUAUGCCAACACUCAUUAACCUGUGAAAUGGAAAGGGUUCAUAUUGAAACAAAAAUGAUUGAAUUCUUUGAAUUGCUUAAGAAAAGAAUGAGAGAAUGCACUAUGAAGGUGGUAGAUACUUAGCAAUCAUUUCCAAGCCCCAGAGAGCUGUGUUUUAUAAUGAAAUAUGAAAUGUUUUUUGCAAAUUGAAUGUAUUUCUAAUGGAUUACAACUGUGUGAAAUACUUCUUUACCUAGUUCUUUUUCUUACGGAGCGUCUACAUUUAAAAAAACAAAAUGCAAUAAUGACAUUAAAUAAAUCCUACUUUCCCAAAAUA